AUAUAUAAAUUAGAAGUAUGAAUUUGAAAAUGAAGAAAUGAGUCACAAUAAGAGCCUACAGAAAAAUUUAUUUAUGAAGACCUGAAGAGCAAUCUUCUUUGUCUUCAAGAGGGUUCAAAUCCAAAUUGGAAACCGAAAUCGCCAUGGAUGCGACCUUCAAGCAAGACCCACUUCCAUCUCCCUUCAUAGACACUGUCAACGAACUCACAACAAUUUUCCGAUCACUUCCGGCCAGACCCUCCAUUGAAGAGGUCGAAGCAGCUGUAGCGAUUCUCAAUACAGUCCAGAACGACGAGGAUUUCAAAUUGGCAGAACUUUCGAAGCAACAAGUCCCCGAAAAUGUCCCUGAAGAGCUGUUCUUCAUUUUGCAGCAGAUGAGGAAGACGAUGGUGUUGUUUGAGAGCCAUGAACAGAGGCGAGAGGCUAUUCGUUUGAUUGAGCUUGAUAAAAUGCUUAGAUCCUUUGAUGAACUCAUUCAAAGAGCUUCUGAUUUGGUUUCUGGCAAUUCUCAGGGUCAAAGGCCUCUGAAUUUGAGUGACCCAGUUGAGAAAAUUGCUAAAGAAACUGUAAUUAGUGAACCAGUUUUGGAGAAGAAGAAAGGAAAUGAAGAAUUUGAGAGCAAUGACAAGGGUUUGCUUAAGAGUUCUUCAUUCGUUCCUCCAUUAUCUUCUUCAGGUGAAGGAGAAACUGGAAAAUUGAGUUUAAUGAAAGUUGCUGCUCUCAUUGAAAAUAUUGCUAAAAGUGGGUCAACUGUUCUAAAUUUGAAAGGAAAGUUAAUGGAUAAGAUGGAAUUGCUUCCAAUUUCGAUUGGGAAAUUAUCUGAUCUUGUUGAAUUAGACCUAUCAGAAAACAAAAUCAUGGCUCUUCCACCUGGAAUCAGUGGCCUUCAAUCAUUGAGAAAGUUCAACAUUCACUCAAACCAAUUAAUAAACCUUCCCGACACAUUUGGGGAGCUUGUCAAUCUCACCUACGUCGACCUGCAUGCAAACAGGCUAAAAUCACUGCCAGCUUCUUUCGGGAACCUAAAAAACCUUAUUUCUCUCGACUUGAGUUCGAACCUUUACACGCAUUUACCAGAAAUCAUUGGCAAGUUGACUAGUUUAAAGAAGUUAAAUGUGGAAACCAAUGAGCUCGAGGAGUUACCUUACACAAUCGGCUCCUGUUCAUCACUUGUUGAGCUACGGGUGGACUUUAACGAGAUCAAAGCACUUCCCGAGGCAAUCGGAAAGCUUGAAUGUUUGGAGAUUCUCGCCCUACAUUACAAUAGAAUCAGAGGACUACCCACAACAAUGGGAAAUCUCCCCAAGUUGAAGGAACUAGACGUAAGCUUCAACGAAUUGGAAACAAUCCCUGAAAAUCUCUGUUUCGCUGUGAGUCUCCGGAAGCUGAAUGUUGGCAAAAACUUCGCCGACCUGACAGCCUUACCAAGAUCAAUCGGGAAUCUAGAGAUGCUCGAGGAGCUAGACAUAAGUGCAAACCAGAUACGCUUCCUGCCAGAAUCAUUCAGGUUCUUAUCAAAAUUGAGAGUUCUCCAAAUAGAUGAAACUCCAUUGGAAGAACCACCAAGAGAAGUUGUUGAAUUGGGUGCUCAGGCUAUUGUGAAGUACAUGGCUGAUGCAGUUGAAAAAAGAGACACAAAAUCUCAACCAACACAAGAGAAAGGGUUUUGGUUAUGGUUUUGCUCAAUAUGUUGUUCCGAAAGAAGAAAUACACCUAAAGACAGGUUAUCAACUGAAUUGCAGCUUUGAUUUGUUGAUCUUUCUUUGAAAAAUAAGGCUCUAUGUGUGUAUUGUAUAUAGGAUGGUUAGAUAGCAAAAAAUUCUCUCUUUUCUGUUUCUGUCAAACUUGUAAAGGAGUAGUUGUAAGUUAGUUGUGCAUUUAUAGAAAAAAGAUUAGAGUUUUGGACA